GCCUCCGCCCAUCUGUUCUUCGCCUGCGAUGCGCACAUCAUAGGCCCCACCACCAUCACCUCCAUCCCAUCUUUUUUACCAUUUUCUCUGUCUACAUUCCUUUUUCCAUAUCUAUUUUAUUUAUUUAUUUUUACAUAUAUUUCUAUUAUAUUUAUUACAAUGAAGAACAACAGCGACAACAUCAUUUUCAAGUUUCAAAGUUCUGUAGCCUCCUCCAAUACCCUCCCAUUCUCUGACUCAGCCAGUUCAGCGAAUUUCGAUUCCAUGGAUUCGCCUUCCUCCGUUGGUGAUUCAAUUCGGGUCGCGGCGCGCUCCUCGGUCAUUGACUCCUUCCGCGGCUGCGGCCUCUCCGGAAUCCGAAUCGAUAAAGAGGAACUAAAGCGCAUCAUUUUAUUGCCCCAAUAUCUUCGACUUGCCAUGCGCGAUUCCAUUAAUUCCAAGGAUCCAAACGCCGGCGACCACCAUCUCGAAGGAGCCGAGAAUGCUGAGUCGCCGGAGUGUCCCAUUAUUGUGUUUAUUAACUCCCGCAGCGGUGGUCGACACGGGCCUGAGCUGAAGGAGCGGCUUCAGGAGUUGAUGAGUCGCGAACAGGUGUUUGACCUCUCAGCUGUGAAGCCCCAUGAAUUUAUCCAGUAUGGAUUGGGUUGCCUAGAGAAGUUGGCUGAACAGGGAGACCAAUGUGCUAAAGAGGUCCGGGAAAAGAUGAGGAUCGUGGUUGCAGGAGGAGAUGGUACUGUCGGUUGGGUGCUAGGUAGUCUUGGAGAGCUUGACAAACAGAAUCGUGAACCAGUUCCUCCUGUUGGAAUUAUUCCACUCGGAACAGGCAAUGAUUUGUCUAGGAGUUUUGGUUGGGGGGGUUCAUUUCCUUUUGCCUGGAAAUCAGCUGUCAAAAGAUCUCUCCACAGGGCUACUAAAGGUCCAAUUUGCCGGCUUGAUAGUUGGCAUGUUCUGAUAUCAAUGCCACCAGGUGUAAUUGUGGAUCCGCCCCAUUCUCUGAAGCCUACAGAAGAAUGUGCUCUUGAUCAGGGUUUGGAUGUAGAGAGUCAGUUACCUGAGAAAGUGACUUGCUAUGAGGGAGUCUUUUAUAAUUACUUUUCCAUAGGCAUGGAUGCUCAAGUUGCCUAUGGCUUUCAUCAUUUACGGAAUGAAAGACCUUACCUUGCACAAGGUCCAAUUUCAAAUAAGAUAAUCUACUCUGGAUACAGUUGCACUCAAGGUUGGUUCUUCACACCUUGCAUGAGUGACCCUAGUUUAAGGGGACUCAAAAACAUCUUAAAAAUUCAUAUUAAAAAGGUCAAUUGUUCAGAAUGGGAGCAGAUUCGAGUUCCUUCAAGUGUGAGGGCAAUAGUUGCUUUGAAUCUUCAUAGCUAUGGAAGUGGAAGACAUCCAUGGGGUAAUCUGAAGCCAGAGUAUUUGGAAAAGAUCUCCAUGUUUUGAACUUUGGAUCUCCGGUUGUUGGAGCAGUUACAACCCCAGUGAGGUAAUCAUCCUUACCCUUUCCACUCACAAACAUCAUGACCAAUUGUGACCAUAUAAGAAAGUUCUGCCCAUUUAAUUUGUGACUUGUGAUGGGCUGAACAGAGCUCUCGAAGUUGCUAUGGUUGCUGGAAACAACCAUUUCUUGGGUAGAUGUGGCAUUGGAGGUGGGGCUCUUGUCACUGGCUAUCCCCUGAUUUCUCUCACCUUGAUUCCAGAAACUUACAUCAGAUUUAUAGGAGAUGAUAGCAACAAAUCUGCCCACUAACUCCUUUAUUUUAGGGUAAACAAAAAAGAUAAAUCCUAACUAAUAUAGCAAAUUCAAAACUGAACUAGAGAUAUUGGAUAACAAAUUAUCCAUAUCUCUUUAUUUAAACUAGCUAACAAACAUGGAAACCUAGCUUCGGGACUCCCUAGAAUCAUGCGAUCCUCCAUAAAAUUUGGACUCACAAUCUGAAUCUUAUCCGGAUUUCCACAGCUAGGAAUUUUUAUGGCUUAGCUGAUUAAUCUUUUACUUUUGAGAGA